AUGGCUGAGAGCAGCGCGACCAGGAGCUUUCAGGCAUUGGCAUCCGUCUCCAGUAACCUCAAUGAUGAGCUUGGAGAAGAUGUCACGAUACCUCCCGUUAUUUCUGAUAUACUGCAACCAAGCCAGAACACCAGCUUCAAAACACCAUUAUCAAUUUACUCGAAUCAGCCAAAUUCGGCCAGAGAACAAAAAGUUCAGGAGCCCUCUACAGUUAUCUCGGCAUCACCAUUGCAAGCUAGACCUCAACUAGCUGUGCAUAUUAGGUCAUCAGCACCAUCCUCGCCAUCUCAUACUAGGCAAGGACAGCCUAUAGGGAUAAGUCAGGAACCACGACCAAGACGGGAUCCUACAACCGUAAGGGAAAAUAUCUCUGUCGUUCUGCCUUCAGCUUCCGCACAACAUGGAACAGAAGGAACUAAUUUCCAACCGAAGAAGAGGGGCAGACCAAAGGGUUGGAGGAAGCCUGGAAACUCCUAUGCGGAUAGAAGAGAAGGCGACACAGGGGAUGCUAAGCCCAAUGCACCCAGGAAAGACCCCUCUAAAGAACCGAAACGGCGCGGGAGGCCGCCACGCGAUCCUAUACCUUCGGCUAGAGAAUGGUACCUACGGUCUAAUGUUGAAUACGUGCCAUUCUUGUGCGAAUGGAAACGGCCCUCAGAGCACCCUUGUCCAGCAGAGCUGCAAAACAUGAAAACACUACGCAGACACGUUUUUCUCGUCCAUGGGGAUGAAGACCCGUUAGUCUGCCAGUGGGGCAAGUGCGUAGCAAGGGACACCCCUAUACAUUUCGCAACCCAAACAGAAUUCGAAGAGCACAUGGAGAAGGCGCACUUCAGGUCGUUUGUGUGGCACAUGGGAGAUGGGUACCAGAACGAAGGUAUCGCAACACUAAAGCGAGAUGCAGAUGAACUUCCGGAGUACUUGUUUGACGAGGAUGGAAACCAAGUCACUCCAUCAAUUACUGAACAGCGACUCGAGGACGAUCAGCAGUAUAAAGAGAGGAAGCGGAAAUUGAGGCGUCUCCUAAUUCAACAGGACGAGAAUGCUCUAACUGAAGAGGAAUACACAAGGCAAACGCUUGGGCUCGUCUGA